AUCGCAUCGGACGGUGGAGAGCACGCGUCACGGCCGAAAACCCUAGCCUCCAACUCAUAUACCUGCUGCUCAUCCCCACCUGCCUCGACUCCCGCCGCCGCCGCACCCUCCUCUUCGUCGCUCUCCUCGCCUGCCUCGCGCCGCCGCCACCUCCGCCAUGGCCCCGAAGAAGGACAAGGCCCCGCCGCCGUCGUCCAAGCCGGCCAAGUCCGGAGGCGGGAAGCAGAAGAAGAAGAAGUGGAGCAAGGGGAAGCAGAAGGAGAAGGUCAACAACGCGGUGCUCUUCGACCAGGCCACCUACGACAAGCUGCUCUCCGAGGUGCCCAAGUACAAGCAGAUCACCCCGUCCGUCCUCUCCGAGCGCCUCAGGAUCAAUGGAUCCUUGGCACGGAGGGCCAUCAAGGACCUGAUGGCAAGGGGGCUUAUAAGGAUGGUCGCUGUUCAUUCCAGCCAGCAGAUAUACACCAGGGCAACCAACACAUGAGAGAUGUUUUGCGUCUUUUCAGGCGUUAUCUAGUCUAGAGGACUUAAGUUUCUGUUAUAUCAAGUUUAUUUCAAUCAUGGCUCAGUCGAUGUUACCAUUGACAUGGAGAAUGUUGAAUGCUUUUGAGAUUAUGGUACUAUUUUAAGCUCAUGCUGCUAUCCAAAUUUUUAACUUGAUGUGGGAUC